UUGAAGUGCUCUUUAAGGCCCUUUCACACAAAGUACAUGUACUUAUUGAUGUACUUCAAAUAGAAUUUAAAAUGAGCAUAUAGAGAAAUAAAUUGUACUCAAGUUAUGAACGAUUUUUUGCUUCACUAAUAACAGAUGUUUGUUUGUCCAUGUGGAACAGCAUGAAGUAUAAGUGCCUUCUUAAUCCUUUAGUUUUGUGACUCGAUAUAAUCCCCAUAACAGUUUCAAUUUUGUUGUAAAAGUGAAGUGCAUGGCAGUUAAUGAUAUUGUCUCAUUGUUGUAGAAUGAUAAUUGAUUAUACAUGGUUUCUGAGCUGUGCUUCAAAAUAUUGAAUAGAAAAAUGGUAAAUAAUAACUUGUCAUCUGUCAUACAAGGUGAAUACAAGAGGAAUAACGGCCUCAUAGUCUUCUAAUAAAAGCCUCUCACCACAGCUAAAAACCACUUAACAACUUUUCAACCUUGUGGUUAUAAUGGAAAUGAGAUCAAAGAAAGCAUUUGUGUUUUGAAUCUGUGUAAAUGAAUAUUGUUUCUUCACCUUAUUUUUGUUAUUUAGUUUUGGCAUAUGUAAAGCGUCCUGUUUCCAGCAACCCAGGUCACAGCCUCUGAAGUCAUAUCAUUUUAAUACUACGAAUGAGGAAGAUGUAUGCAGUUAGCAGAGUGAGAUAUGUUUGUGGCAAGGUGACAUCUGUGCAGCAGCUCCUCCAAGAUUUGUACUUCCGGAGGUGACAUAGGCAGUAAGGAUGGAGCCAACACAAAAUUCCUCGAGCUUGAUGUGGUGCAACUACAACACAGUUGAAGGCCUUAUCACCGCAAAUGCUCCUGUUCAAGUAGAACUAGGGAGUGUUGACAUUGCAAGACAAAUCAGCCAACAAGUCCAGCUACAAUAUGGUAACCUCCAGGCUGUGCCGGCACAGCCACAGCAGAUCAUAGUAGCCCACCAACCUCAGCCUCCACCUGCCCCACCUACACCUGAGCCACCUGUCACUCCAAAACUACCAAAGCCACGAGCAAGAACAACAAAUGGUGAACGUGUGCCAUGUGAUCAGUGCGGUAAAACCUUUUCUUGUAAUGCAAACCUAAGAGACCACAUGAGGCUGCAUACAGGUGAGAGGCCCUUUGUCUGUACUGAAUGUGGAAUGUCCUUUGCUCAGCGGUCAAACUGGAGAUUACACAAACGUGUCCAUACUGGAGAAAGGCCUUAUAUGUGUGGUAUCUGUGGCAAGACAUUUUCCCGUAGUUCUCACUUACCAGGUCAUAUGAGGGUACACACUGGUGAGAGACCAUAUUCCUGUGAACUGUGUGAGCAUUCGUUUGCCUCUGCUCAAGCUCUUAAGAACCAUGCACGCACCCACACCGGAGAGAAACCUUUUGUAUGUGAGUACUGCCAGACUGCCUUCACACACAGCUCAUCACUCUCUUCACAUAAGAAAAGAUGCACUGGAGAGAAGAGAAAGCGAGGAAGACCCCUUGGUAGUGGCCGCAAGUCAUACAGAAAAAAGCCAACGGGUCGGCCUCGGGGAAGACCCAAAAAGAAGGGUCGGUAUGCCAAACGGGGCAGGAGAAAGAACCCUGCAGCUGAAGAUGACCUUGUGGAACCUAAAGAGGAAGACAUGACGAUAGUCAAGGCCGAAGUUCAUGCUGAAAGUGGUGAAGAAACACAAAGCAUCCCAGUGGAGACCAAGCAGGAAAUGGAGGAGGUACCCACUGUUGUUGUGGAUGUAGAUUCUAUGGAGGUUGAGCAUCCAGACAUACAUGGGGACCCUAUACAUAUGCAAAACCACAUGCAUCAACAUGAGACCAUUGUUCCAGAUGCUUUGCCACAAGAAAAUCACAUUAUCCAUCAUGAAAUGGUGCCAUCAGAAGAGGUUGUAUCUGUAGCCACUGCCACUGCAAGCUUGGAUGAGACCUCAAACCUACACCAGGAAGCAGCAGUGGCAAUGGCUGCAUUGCAUGAGGGAGGAUGCAGCCUUACCCAACACCAGUUGCCUCAAGAAGCAUAUGUAGAGAGAGAUGGAUCCCAUACUUUGUGGUUUCCCAAGCAGCAAUAUUAGUGGUGUGAGUUUCAAAUGUCCAUUGUUGGGAAUCUGCUUAAUAAGGCAAACCAUCACUGUGGGUUGAUAGUUCAGCCAUCCUACUUAAGAUGUAGCACUGUUGGUGCACUGAGAACACUAUAAAGAUUUUAGACAUAUUUAAUUCAAGUGAAGUUAAAAUGACAGUGAAUAGAUUGACCAUUCAUUACAUGGAUUAUUCUUAUGUUCUUGAGAGGAGAAAUGGUUUUAUGUCUUAAUAUUAUUUUUCUACAAGACUACUAAUUGCUUGUGUAUAUCCCAGAGAGCUUCACAAUGCAUGGAGUAGUAGUCCUGGCAUUCUCAUUGUGGUUGAAUUUUGUAGAACUGGGUUGGUUUUUACUGUCAUUAUAGAAAUAAAUUUUUGACAAGAUGCUUCAUAAUUGUUGGUAUGAAAUAUUGCAUUGUGAAACUAGCUGAGGACAGUUAUUUUAGUAUUAAGAUUUCUAUGAAGAAUAAAUAUUUUAUACCAAACAUUACAUGUUAUGUUUAGAUCUAAAUUAAGAGCUCUUGGACAGGUAAGAAAAUAAUGUCCCAUGUAUGCUUAUGUAUAUUACAAUGUUCUUUGAACAUGUUAUCAAUGUACAAUGCCAACUGUUGAGAAUUUAAUAUUUCCAGUAUAAAUAAAAUAUUGUUCAAAAAUUCAAAUAUGUAAUUUCUCAUUUGACCAAAUAAAAUGUAAAAUUUAA